UCUCCCACUCAAGUAUGAGUGUUAGUCAUAUUUCGUCUUCGUCUCCUCACUCCCACUUCAAUUUCCAUUUCCAUUCUGUCUUUCUAUGCUCUCUCUUUCUUCAAAUCUCUGCAAUUCCUAGGGUUUUAGCUUUUGUGUCUGCUUCAAUGGGGCGUUUUCCCACUUCUGAAUCCUCUUCUGGGUCUCCGUCAAUGGGGGGUUUCCCCCCCUCUGAAGCCUCUUCUGGAUCUCCCUCAUUGGGGAGUUUUCCCCCCUCUGAAGCCUCUUCUGGGUCUCCCUCAAUGGGGCGUUUCCCCCACUUUGAAGCCGGAUCCUCUCGACAUCAAAGCCCAGCCAGCCGCACUCAGCACUGUAGCGCAGCCCGACCAUUCCCUUGUACCCCAGCCGGGCCCUCUCAGCAUUGCAGCCCAGACGUAUCCUCACAGAAUCGGAGUCUGACUAUGCUUCCUCCUAAGCCACCACGGUCUAUGCGCAGUCCUAGACCAUUCACUUCAAGAAUGGAGAGGGACUGCUCCACCGAUAUUCACCAGGAUCGGAAAAUGGGCUGCAGCUCCACUGAGGAGUCUCUACCUGCUGAAAAACAACCAAAUUCCUCUUUGAAGAUAAUCAUCCGCUGGAGUGGAAAACAACCUGCCGCUUCUGAUAAUGCUGCUGAGGAAAAAGCUGGAGGGGAAGAACCCAAACCAGAAGAAGGCAAAGUGGAAGAAGAAAAGGUAGAGGAUCAAGCGGAGAAGAAGUGGAACCUGCGCCCCAGAAAACCCAUAGGAAAAGGUGAAGCUGGAGCAGUACAGGAGCCGCAGUUGCAGGAAGGAAGUUCAUCACAAAAGGCUCCCAAGAAGAAACCUGCUGAAAAGAAGAAAAAGCCCAUGAAGUUGUCGAUUGCACUCUCCAGGAGGGAGAUUGAAGAAGAUCUAUUUGCAAUGACGGGGUCCAGGCCAUCUAGGAAGCCAAAGCGGAGGCCAAAGCAGGUGCAGAAUAUUGUAAAUAAUCUUUCUCCUGCGUACAGAUUGGAGUUAUUUACUCCAACUUCGUACAAGUUCUGAGAAAAUUCAGGAAAGAAAGUACAACUAAUUGGAGCCCUAGGUUCGUUGCAGCCAUCAUUGUACUUCAUGUGUCUCCUGCAAGUUUGAUGGCCUCUUCUAUUCUAUCAAACCCUACUCCAUUAAAUAUGGAUGAAAGGGGAAAUGUAUCUUUUUUUUUUUUUUUGUAUCAAACCGUAGUCCAUUAAAAUUUUGUCUAAUUCUUAUGUAGCCUAAUGCAUUCCUGGAAGAGUAAUUUUAUUUACUUUGUUGUUAAGUAGUUGUUUAUGUUACUUAACUUUGUUUAAACUAUUUCCUGCUGUUAUUUGGCUUGGCCAUAACAAGUUAUGGAAGAGUUCUGGUUAAUUAUCAGAUGGGUUGAUUUAUUAGACAAGUAAUAUAGAUAAUUAUUAUUG